AUGUUUCUGGUAAACGAAGAUUGCAAGAAGCAUGAGCAACAAUUUGGCAAGGGCAAGUUUGCCUUCUUUGCGAAGACAAACUUGCCAUUGCCAAAUCGCAGAAACCGUCGAGGAGGCGGAAGUUGGAACGAGAUGGCGGACGAUCGCUUGGCGUGGUUUCGCAAGAAACGGCGAUUGGUGGACUUGGUGGACAAGGCGUGGGAGAAGGACACCCUGCCGUAUGCAAGGGUCGACGUGCCCAAGGAGCUGGAGGAGCAGCCCAACGAAACAUACGCUCGGUUCUUGAGGGACACACCUGACGAGGCACCACCAAACCCAGACCAGUGGAACGAGCCUGGCGUUCAUGGCCACCUGCCGGAGAUGACAAAGGCUGCAGAGCAAUCCCAGUCACAGUCGGCCGAUCCAAGAUAAUCCACCUCCGAUACAGGCCGCGGCCGGCUUUCCUGUCCCUGCUUUUCUGUUUGGGUGUAUCGGCUGCUCGCCAUCGUGCUGCUGGCUCCACAUAUGCACUGGUGCACCGAUUGCGCUGUCUACCUGGUGGCUUCACAAGGUUGGCCACUGUGCUGGUGUGCUGGUGCACUGUGAUAUGGUGCGGUGCGAUGUGGUGUGAUGGCAUACUCGACCCCUGCCUGCGCUUUGUUGCUUUUGUUUAAUAAACGCCUUUAACUC